AUGGAUGCGUUAGCACUGGAGACGGAUGCUGGACAUCGUCUUCUCACACAAUACUGCAGGACCCAGAGUGGCGGUAAUCUCGAACAAUCCAUAGAGCACUUUGAACGAGCCUUGGAUCUGUGCCCCAUAGAUCAUCCCUACCACCCCGCAGCGCUGUUCAAUCUGGCCACGGCAAAGUGUGUUAGUUGCCAAGCUGACGAGAGAUACCUCGACCUCGACAUCCCCAUCUCUCUUUUUCAACGGGCCCUCGACUUGCGUGCAACUGAUCAUCCGGACCGAAGCGUCACCCAGCUCCAUCUUGCCAUUGCAUUGCUCUCGCGGUUCGCGAAACGGGGAUUUGAAUCGGAUGCGGAUGCAGCUGAAGAGUUGCUGAGCGAAGUUCUCGAAGCCUGCCAGGCCAACAGCCACAUUUAUAGAGCAGCUUUGAUCGCAAUGGAAAUACGGGCUCUGCAUUCUGCUGGAAGGUUUAAGGGAAAUGAUCUUGAACAGGAGCAGCCCACCACAUCGAUGUUUCCGUUAUCGCCAAAUCAACUGGCUGAUCAAGCAAAGCGGUGUUUGCAGAGAGAUGAACCCGGUGCCUUAGAUGAAGUGAUAUCCCUUCAUUAUGAUGCACUGAGAUACUACAACACCGGGCAUGCCUGCCGAGGGCAAUUGUUAGAUGAUCUGGCUGGAAUGCUGGAAACUCGUUUCGAGCGUCGAGGCAAUGACAAAGACUGGGAUGAGGCUAUCACGCUUCAGACGGAAGCGCUGGCUUUGUUCCCAGUUGGUCACACAGAUCAGUGCAUGUCAUUAAACAAGCUUGCAAGUGGACUCUUCUCCCGCUAUCAGGACCGAGGUAAGGACGAAGACUUGGAUCAGGCUAUCGCACUUCAGAGGGAAGCGCUGGCUUUGCGCCCGGUCGGUCACACAGGUCGGUCCAAGUCAUUAAGCGACCUCGCGCUUAAACUAUCCUGCCGCUCUGACCACCGAAGCAAUGACGAAGACUUGGAUGAGGCUAUCAUAUUCCACAGGGAAGCGCUGGCUUUACGCCCGGUCGGUCACACAGAUCGGUCUGCUUCGUUGAGCGACCUCGCACUUGAACUCUCCUGCCGCUUUGAUGACCGAGGGAACGACAAAGACUUGAAUGAGGCUAUCGCACUUCAGAGGGAAGCGCUGGCUUUGCGCCCGGUCGGUCAUACAGGUCGGUUUGUAUCAUUGAACAACCUCGCAAAUCGGCUCUCCUCCCGUUUUGAGCACGGAGGCAAGGACGAAGACUUGGAUGAGGCUAUCGUAUUUCACAGGGAAGCGCUGGCUUUACAUCCGGUCGGUCACACAGAUCGGUCUGCGUCAUUAAGCGAUCUCGCGGUUGAACUCUCCUCCCGCUUUGACCACCGAGGCAAUGACAAAGACUUGGAUGAGGCUAUUACGCUCCAGACGGAAGCGCUGGCUUUUUGUCCGGUCGGUCAUACAGAUCGGACCAUGUCAUUAUACAACCUUGCAAAUCAACUCUCGUCUCGCUUUGAGCACCGAGGCCAUGGCGAAGACUUGGAUCAGGCUAUCGCACUUCUCAGGGAAGUGCUGGCUUUGCAUCUGGUUGGUCAGACAGGUCGGUUCAAGCCAUUAGACGACCUCGCCAAUCAACUCUCCUCCCGCUUUGACCACCGAGGCAACGAGGAAGACUUGGAUGAAGCUAUUACGCUUCAGACGGAAGCGCUGGCUUUGUGCCCCGUCGGUCACACAGGUCGCUCCGUGUCAUUAAACAACCUUGCGAGUGGACUUUUCACCCGCUUUGAGCACCGAAGCAAGGAUGAAGACUUGGAUCAGGCUAUCGCACUUAACAGGGAAGCGCUGGCUUUACAUUCGGUCGGUCACACAGAUCGGUCCAUGUCAUUAAACAACCUCGCGUUUGAACUCUCCUCGCGCUUUGACCACCGAGGCAAUGAUGAAGACUUGGAUGAGGCUAUCGCACUUCACAGAGAAGCGCUGGCUUUGCGCCCGGUCGGUCACACAGGUCGGUCCUCGUCAUUAAACAGCCUCGCGAAUCGACUCUCCUCCCGUUUUGAGCACCGAGGCCACAACGAAGACUUGGAUCAAGCUAUCACACUUUACAGGGAAUCACUGGCUUUGUGCCCGGUCGGUCACACAGAUCGGUCCAUGUCAUUAAACAACCUCGCGAGUGGACUCUUCACCCGCUUCGAGCGCCGAGGCAAGGAUGAAGACCUGGAUCAGGCUAUCGUGCUUAACAGGGAAACACUGGCUUUGAUCCCGGCCGGUCACACAGAUCGGUCUAAAUUAUUCAACAACCUCGCAAUCCAACUCUCCUCCCGCUAUUACCACCGAGGCAACGACGAAGACUUGGAUCAGGCUAUCGGACUUCUCAGGGAAGCGCUGGCUUUGCGCCCGGUUGGUCACACAGGUCGAUCCAAGUCAUUAAACAACCUCGCCAAUGAACUCUCCACCCGCUUUGAGCACCAACGCAAUAGAGAAGACCUCGACGAGUCACGAGAGAACCUUUGCUGUGCAUUGACUCUCUUGACGCAACAUGAUCCUCUCCAAUUAGCAGUUCAUCAGUCGCUAGCUACGGUCUAUCUAUCAUUCCAUCGUUUAGGGCUUGACGACACCGGUGCGGGCGAAAAUACAGACAGUCUCAAUGCUGCCAUGCAUCAUCUCAAGGCAGCAGCAAAUGUUGUCUCUGGAGGCUUGCUAUCCCGCCUGCGGGCAAGUCUGCAUUGGGCGCACCAUGCUAGUGAAUAUUUGCAUGGUACUCAACUGGAGGCAUAUGCUAUCUCUAUGCAACUCCUGGACGCUUACAUGUCUGUGACGGCCUCUGUGUCGUCUCGUCAUAAUGCCAUGAAGGAAUUCUCAAGGACACUUGCUGUCGAUGCUGCAUCAUGUGCCCUUCGCAGUGGCGAUGUGCGUCGCGCUGUUGAGCUGUUGGAGCAAGGUAGGACUAUCAUCUGGACCCAGAUGGCACGCCUCCGCACGCCUCUUGAUAGCCUCCAGACUUGCGGCGAUCAUGCAGUGACUCUGAUGAAGAGAUUCAGAGACCUCAGCUUCCGCCUUGAUAAACCUUACGCAAGUCAUUCAGAAGGCACGCCAAGUGUUGACGUAGAAGCUGAAGAAACCCGGUACAGACGUCUAGUGCAGGACUGGAAUGGAACUGUAGAAGAGAUGCGGAAGAUCGAAGGCUUCUCUCGCUUCUUACUUCCCCCCUUGUUCUCUGAUCUUCAACAUGCGGGUCAUGAUGGGCCCAUCAUCGUGCUCCUCGCGAGCGAAUCGUCUUGCGAUGCCAUCAUUGUCACUCACGAGCAACCUCCCACUAGCAUUCAACUCCCUACCAACUUUCAGAAACUCGCCGAAUUGGAGAUCGCAUUCCGAGAGGCAGUUCCCAAGGAUGCUGGUCCUAAAGGGAACCAACGAGCGCUGAUGGAAGCUUUGAGGAAGCUGUGGGAAUUCGUCGUCCGCCCGGUGGUCGAAAAUCUGGGUGCAAUUGCGCGACGAGGUUCUCGAAUAUGGUGGUGCCCCACAUCUGUCUUUAAUUUCUUGCCGUUGCACGCUGCCGGUGAAUACAGGAAGGAUGGAGAGUCCCUUUCACGGCACUACAUCUCCUCAUAUACCCCAUCGCUCACCGCGCUGAUCAAGGCUCGUGCAAAUCAUGACAAGUCCCCGUCGGUGCCCUUUGUUGCUAUUGGUCAGAAUCGCCCAGCCGGUGUCUUGUUCACUUUGGAUGCUGUAGAGCCUGAGCUGGAAUUGGUGCGGACACUCUUACCCCCUCCCCCAACCGUUUCCUUCUCCAAGAUAACCAGUGUUGAUGCCACGAAAUCGAGAGCGCUGAGCGCAUUGCAAGACAAUACGUGGUUCCAUCUCGCGUGUCACGGGACGCAGAAAUUUGACGAACCCUUCCAGUCGGCCUUUCUCAUGCAGGACCAGCCGCUUUCGCUCCUCGAUAUUGCUCAUAUGGAUCUGUCUCGCCAUCAAUUUGCAUUUCUUUCUGCCUGUGAAACCGCAGUUGGUGUCCCUGCGACGCCAGACGAAGUGAUACAUCUAGCUGCUGGCUUGCAAUUCGCCGGGGUCAAGAGCGUCGUUGGGACGUUAUGGAAAGUCGAUGAUCCCACUGUGCAGCGUUUGGUCAAGGCGUUUUAUGAAAACUUGUGCGGGGAUGGCACUAUGAAUUCCAAACGAGCUGCGCGAGCGCUGCACCGAGCCGUGCAGUUGUUGGCUAGUGAUAGGGACAUUCCGUUGGCCCAGCGCAUAGUGUUCGUGCAUAUUGGCAUAUAA